ACACAAACGCUACGUACAUACUACCAAAAUGCAUUGGCCCUGCAAACAAGGCCGAACUUAAACAGCACGAAUUAAACCGCUAAAAACUGUUUUUAACCCAAGAAGCGAAACUGGGAAACCACGUCUAUUAUAUACCACAGUCUGCACACACAAUAUAUAUAUAUAUAUAGCAACGAUCGAGCUUCCAAAGAAACAUCAGAACAAAAGUAGCCAUGGCGAUGAUCCCCAGCUGCACCGUUGCUAAGUUGGCCGUCUUGCUGCUGCUGAUGAUGAUCGUUUAUUUUGUUUUUCCUGCAGCAACCGCAUCGAGGGUACUGCCGGCGGUAACUACUACUAGUUCGCCGGCGGCCGGCGGGAAUGAUGAUGAUGAUGGUCAGGCCGAUCGGAUGGCUCGAGCAUCGAACAACACGGCUUCGAUACAGGAAGACUGCAACAACGUUUGCAACGACCAUCAAUGUCAUUUUUACUACCCAUGGCUGUGUUGGCGUCAACCUGCAGGUAGUAGCUGCUACGUGGGUUGCGUUUGCGAGAUCAAUGACUGUGAUUGCUUGUGCCCUGAAUAAACACAUAUAUAUUUACCAAACUGGAAGGAGACGAUUCAUCGCGGUGGACGCGUCGCCGUUGUCGAGACCGGAGCUUUGGUAUCCCUGUCUUUGGUGUUUUCUCCUUUUUUUUUUUUUUCUUCUUCAGUUGACUCUAAUAAAUAAUAAUCGCCGAUUGGUCGGCCGUUUUUUAUUUAUGUUUUCUUUGCAUGUCUUAUGGUGAUUCUGGUUGGUUUUCUGUUUUCUUUACGUAUCGCCUGAUCGAGUAGUUUUCCUUCCCAGUGAUGAGUUGAGACCAAUUGAACCGUGGUUAAUGGAAAUUGAAUAUGUAAUCGUGUAUAUAUAUGGUAAUGUUGUUAUAUAGGUAGAGGGGUGCGCAACAAUUUGGUCGGACCGCAUAUCGGACCUGCACAUUGACUCUUUAACUAGACAGAGAGCAUAUACCGAAUCGAAUAGAAUGUGGUUCGGUACUUACCUUGGUAAAGUUUAUCAGUACUUAAGAAGAAUGGAUAUACCGAAUUGACAUCAGGACGAAACCACACCGGACCAAAUUGAAUCGAAUGCACCGUUGGACCGGUCCUUAAUCUUAAUUAAGAUGUCUUUUCACUAUUCGACUAAUUGGUUAAUAAUUAAUAGUUGGUUGAAUCAUUCGGCAACCGGCAGGGAGUACGUAGUGGGAUCAGGAAAAAAAACAACAUAGUUUUUCUGCGAUUACAGAUGGUUGCCAAAAAAUGGCAAAAUGGUCGCCAAACACUUUGAUACGACUCUAAGCUGAAAUUCAAAUCCUGGUUUAUGACAUGGUAUCAGAUGAGAUGGUUUGGUCAAGUGGUCGUGCGUUCGAAUCUCCACGACCCCUAAUAUUAACAGUUGAUUAAAGCACAAGGUAUGAUGAGUUUGUGCAAACUUCAAGCUUGUUAGUUGGUUUUCGUUUGAAAAGACGUGUUAGAGUGUGGUAUAAGACCACAGUUUUCCUGGUUUCGGAUGGAAUAAAAGGUUGUUUCUUGUAAUAAAAAAAAAACUCGAGUUAUUGAGACCAACUGGUUUAUGACAUUUGUUGUACAAAUACACUAUUGAAAUAGAAGAACAAAGUUGCACAAUGGAUAUUGAGAGGAGGAAUGUAACUUGACAGAAAAGAGAGGUCUAACUUUAAUAGGGUUGAAAUCAUUGUUAAUCGUAACAGAAAGAGAUUGAUCAACCAAAAAACUAUCAACUUAUCAUUCAAAGAUACUAUGCUUAUACGAAAUAAAAAUGAGUUGACCUGACUUAUCCAAUAAGUGUAUGAGAGACACAUAGCUCCAACUAAAAUCAAACUGAAUUUACAAUAACAUUUUCGAUCUCAUUGGUUAGCAAAUUCAUGUCCAAGUCUCUUCUGAUAAUUAAGAUGAAUGGAACAUUGAAUAUUCAUAUUAUCUUUUUUUUAAGUGAAUAUUCAGAUCAUCUUAUAUAUACUUGACAUAUUGUUUUGAUAAUUCUAAUUUUUAAUAUUUAUAAAUUGGAUUGGUUUGUGAAUCCAUUUCAGUUGAAUGAUUUGAUGUGGAAAUGAAGUUAUAAGUUGUUU